AUGAAGGCCAAAGCCAAAGGGAAGAAACAAAGGCCUACUGCUGAUAAAGAAGCCUUUUCUGAGGAGUCUGCAACGAGGAAAAAAGAACUGGUGAAAUGCCUGCGGCACACAGAGAGGAGGAGUGGAGGAAGCAAGGAGAGCAGCAGGAUUGCUGCAGCCAGAGCCAAGCAUCCUUGGAGCAGUAAAGACAGACUCUUGAGGAGACUGGAAAGCAAUGAGCGGGAGAGGCAGAGAAUGCACAAGCUCAACAACGCAUUCCAGGCCUUGCGGGAGGUAAUCCCUCAUGUGAGAGCUGAGAAUAAACUUUCCAAAAUAGAGACUCUCACACUGGCCAAGAAUUACAUUAAAUCGUUGACCUCCAUUAUACUCAAUAUGUCCAAUGGACACUUCCCAGCUGCAGAAGGGUUGGGGGGAUCCUGGGGGCCCAAACUAUACCAGCAUUAUCAACAGCAACGUGGUGAUGAUGAUCAUGAGAAACAUAGCUUCAGCAAAAAUACCUAGUUAGCUGCUACCUUCAUUCCUCCUUUACAGUACCUCUGCCCCCAGUUUUUUCUCAAAAAGACAGAGGUAACACUCAUGGCCAUAGCUUAUGCUGUGUAUAAAAGUUAUCAUAAAUCACAAGGAGUUUUCAGAGCUUGCACUGCCAGGAAGGACUGUGAAUUAUACAGGCCUGAAUUCACUUGUCCUUGUCGGGAAUCAUGGCUGUAACACUGACCAACUGUUCAGUGCUUUGUUCUUGCCUGUGCUGUGACUGUAGUGUGACUGACUGGAUGAGCAGAGCAGUGCAUGUGAAAUUGGCCUCGAGCUGUGUGUUUAUCUGGAGUGCUGAAUCGCCUCUGGAGUUCACUAAAGGCAAUGGAAGACAUCAUUUUGGAUUUAUUGCACCCCUGAGAUGCGUUACGGCACUUACAAUGCACAGUAUUGCAGAGCAUGAGAACUUCUGACAAUGCUGGUAUUGGUAACACCUACAGAGCUCCCUUAGGGCGCCUUCUGGGCUAUUUGUAAAGGAUCCAGCCUCAGCGCGCUUUUCUUUAAUGGAUUUUGGGGGUCGCUGUAAUAUGAUAUUAAAUGAUGCAAAAAUCACUCUUUUUUUUGCAAAAAAAGCAUAUUGUUUUAAUAUAGUCUUAAAUUGGGCAGUGAUUAAUCGCAAAGUAUUAGCUAACAGAGCCUGUAAUGUGGUGGGGAUUUCUGUGCUAGAGCUUGAUGUUGGUGAUGUGAAAUAGAAUAAAUGAAACGGGAGCUCUCGAAGCAGGAAAACGCUCCGCAGAACUCUGUUCCCCCCCGCUGUAA